ACAACUUGUAGACCUUUCCUGCAGUCUCUGAGGAGAUGGACACCUCUUCUUCUUCUGGACGAUCUCCGUCUCCUACUGGGACUGUCUUCUUACCCCCUCCUAUCAUGUGGAACAGUCUCUACAAGCAGGCAGAGAUGGAGGUUCAGUUCCUGAGGGAAGAGAAGAAGACCUGUACAGAGAAGGAAGCCCACAUGCUUGAGUUGAGGGGGAAGGAUCGAACGAUCCGAAAUCAGAAGAAGGAGAUGGACAGACUUCAAGUGUGCCUCUGGGAGGAGGAAAAGAAGAAGAGGAAUGGUGGAACGGAGAAGGACGAGAUGAUUGAACAACUACAGUCUGAGACAGACCAUCUCAGAGCCCUUUUGACAGAUGAAAGGAGGAGAAGAAGAGUAGAAAGGGGUAUUAUGAAAGAGUGGAAGGCUGAGAUCCUGAGACUGAGGGAGGCAGAGAGCCACAGGGAGGCAGAGAGCCACAGGGAGGCAGAGAGACAGAGGGAAGCAGAGAGCCACAGGGAGGCAGAGAUACAGAGGGAGGCAGAGAGACAGAGGGAGGCAGAGAGACAGAGGGAGGCAGAGAGACAGAGAGAAGCAGAGAGACAGAAAGAAGCAGAGAGACAGAGGGAGGCAGAGAGAGCCACAGAAUGGGAGGACAACCAGAGAAAAAUGCGGGAGAUCAACAGACUCAAAAAACUGCUGGAGCUGCUGAUGGUGGACCUACAACUGGCCCACGUAAGACAUGUCAUUGUUAUUAUUAAAAGGCAGUGUAUAUUCACCCGGCUGAAAAUGAAUGGCAGUAUGCUAACCCAAUGUUAA